AUGAAAGUCGACAGCAACAUUAGCACCACGCAGAUGGAUCAAAACUGGACGCGGUACAUGGUGAUGUGCGACCGGCAGGACAUCCGGCAGCCGGUUAGCUUCCAGGAAGAGAACGAAGUGCAGGCCACGCUCGUCGGCAACAAGGCGCUGGCGAAGCAGUACGAGAUCCAGAACCCGGUCGAGAAGGGAACCCAGAGUACGCGCUGGAUCUUGAACACGCCGAUCUGGACGGUGCACAACCGGCUGGUGCACACCGGGGUCACGCACGUCGAGGGCGGCUGGCCUCGGGACAUCGACCGGACGGACGAGGAGCUGGUGGCCCGGUACCGCCGGAAGCAGGAAAAAAGUGAAGCGUACGUGUCGCAAAUGCGCGGCCUCACCCGGACCAUCGACCAUGCGAUAAUGCAAAACAAUGCCUGCAACAUCUACCAGAACUACUUCGAGGACAUUGAGCAGCACGAGCUGAUCGAACAGUUUACCUCGAAAACGGUCCAGGUGUACAAGGACUAUCUGGAGGUUAGGCGCUCCUGCACGUACGUUUGCUGGUCAGACGAGGGCAACCACUUUGCAUCGGCCCAUUGCAACAUUGGCGAGCGCCGGGGCACCGUUACCGAUUGCUACAUCUGGGACAUCGAACACCCGAAUAGCCCACUGCAGAAGCUCAUCCCGCCGUACCAGGCCCGCUGUCUGGAGUACAACUUCAAGGACCCGACGCAGAUGGCGGGUGGACUGUUUUCCGGCCAGGUCGCCAUCUGGGACAUUCGCGCGUCGGGCACGCCGGUUGAGACGACGCAGCGUGAGGAGAGUCACAACGACGUCGUCACACGCGUCCUGUGGACGUCCUCGAAGACGACGAACGAGUUCCUGUCCGGUUCCACCGACGGGCGCAUCUUGUGGUGGGAUUUGCGGAAUCUCAACGAACCGUACGAUUAUCUCAAUCUAGCACCGAAGAACGUGCAGGGAUCGCUCGAUCCGGAGCACUGCUUCGGCGUGUGUUCAGUCGAGUUCGAACCGACGAUGCCGAAUAAGUACACCGUGGGCACCGAGAAUGGGAUCAUUUACAGCUGCAGCCGCAAGUACAAGACACCGGCGGACAAGAUCCAGUCGGUCAUCAGGGCCCACACCGGCGCGAUCUACUCGGUCGAGCGGAACCCGCUGUUCAUCAAGAACUACAUCAGCGUUGGUGACUGGCAGACGAAGAUCUGGACCGAGGAUUGCAAGGACAAUCCGAUCGUGUGGACGAAGGAGUACGCCGUGCAGCUGACGUGCGGUAUCUGGAGCCCGACCCGAUGUUCGCUCGUAUUCAUCUGCCGUAUGGACGGGGUGAUGGAUGCCUGGGACGUCAUCCACCGGCUCGAUGGGCCCGUGCUGCGGCUCAAGCUGUCGGAUGCGCCGCUCUGGUCGGUGCGGGUCCACAAGGCUGGCAAACUGAUCGCCAACGGGACCGACAAUGGGGCCAUCUAUCUGACCGAGAUCUCCGACAACCUUACGUUCAGCUCGGCCAACGACAAACCGGCUCUGUCCGGGAUGCUAGAGCGCGAGAUGCGCCGCCAACGGUUGCUGGAGGCCAAGAUUAAGGAAAUCAAGCUGAAGGAAAAGGAACUGGAACGCGAACGGAUCCGCCGGCAGCUGCGAAUGGAAAACGCAAACUCGAUCGAGGAGGAAGAGAAGGACCUCGUGGCGGACUCGAUACACCAGUUCUGGACCAAGAUUCACGGGCGCAAGAGCUUGAAAAACACGCUCAAAGGUAUCCGGAUGCGCGAUAAGGGCGUUGGUUUGCUGCACAAAGACAAGAAGGCCAAAAAGGAGAUGAGUUAA